AUGAAUGAGACACGCGCAAUGUUUGAAGGCAGCACCAUGUUGUACUUGUACUUUUGCGAAGCCGAUGCGGGCAACGUCGUGUCAUGCUCGUCGGCGAUGAACAUCUUGUGUUUGGUGCGCUCGGUCAACUCGGCGAUCUUGGCCAUCUUCUUGGCGAGCUUUCUUGAACAGGUUGAGCAGGAACGACUCGGAGAACUGGGACAGGCCCGUCUUGGUCACCUUGUCCGAGUAGACCACCUGUAUGAUGCCCCAAUGCUCGACGAUCUCCUCCAACAGCGCUGCACCGGCUAUCAAGUAUCCAUUGGCACUUGA